GGCAUUCUACCACACAUUCCCAUUUUCAAACCUAAACAUUACCGAGAGAAACACAACAGAGCUAACUGCACGAACCGGAGGAAAAAGGAAAAUGGUAUCGGAUACGGAGCUGAUCGAGCGGCUGCGAGAAUUCCUGAGUACGUCCGACCUCAACACGACCACCACUGCUAUCGUGCGCCGACGGCUCGAGGAAGAUUUCGGCAUCGAUUUGUCGGAUAGAAAGGGGUUUAUUAGAGAGCAGGUCGAUGUUUACAUGCAAAGCCAAUUCGAAAAUGCAGACGAUAAUGGGGAGGAGAUUAAUGACGAAGGAGAGGCUGAUGAAGGAGUGGGAGAAGUGAUGGAGGAAGAAGAGGAGGAAGAAGAGGAGGAGGAAGAAGAAGACCCAACUGCCGCUAGUAACUCUAAAUCCUCCACUAAGAAACGAUCUAGAAAGAAGAAGGAGGUCAAGAAAAGAGGUGGAGGAUUUACCAAGUUAUGCAGCCUUUCUCCAGAGCUUCAGAAAUUUACAGGAGUACCUGAAUUGGCUCGGACUGAGGUAGUAAAGCAACUGUGGAGUUAUAUUAGAGAGAAUAAUUUGCAAGAUCCGUCCAAUAGGCGGAAUAUCGUUUGUGAUGAUACGCUGCGUAACCUUUUUGGUGUAGAUACCAUAGAUAUGUUCCAAAUGAACAAGGCCCUGGCAAAGCACAUAUGGCCCCUGGAUUCUGAUGGUGCAGCUUCAACAAAUUCUGCCCCAAAGGAGAAACAGCGGAAGCAAGAGAGAGAUGAAGAUCAAGAUGAGCCAAAGAGAAAAGAAAAGCGGCAGAGGGCUGGAAAUUCAGCUUUUCUUGCUCCUGUGAAACUUUCUGAUGCUUUAGCGAAGUUCCUUGGCACAGGAGAAAGUGCACUACCUAGGUCCAAUGUUGUUAAGAGGAUUUGGGAAUACAUCAAGCUAAACAACUUGCAGGACCCAUCGGACAAAAGGCAAAUAAUAUGCGACGAGAAGCUGAAAGAACUGUUUAAUGUAGACACCUUCUGUGGAUUUACUGUGGCGAAGCUCCUAACUGCUCAUCUUGUAAAGACAGAACAGUGACUUGGUAAUGAUUUGCUUCUAAUGAGUUCCCAGUUGCACUGGAAUUUUUUUCAAUGUUCAGUGAAGAUGCUGUAUAGGCUGUCCUCUUUGUUCCUUAUGGUAGCAUAAAAAAAAAAAAAACUGGGAAAGAAAAAACAUCUAAAUUUCCAGUCAACUUUCUGACAUGCCAUCUUGUAACUUCUCCAGUGCUAAUUAACCAAGCUAAUGACAAUGCGAGUUAAAUCUGGAUAUUUAUUAUCAUUUCACUUUUUUGCGUUUCUUCUGGAAUUGGAGGAGGCUUCAGCACAGAAGAGUAUUGUGGAGAAGGUUGGAGUUGCUGACUUGUAGUACUGUAUAGAUAGUAAGGUAUUUUGUAGGAUCCAUUGUGGAAUGUAGGUCAUGUUUGUUAAAAACCACGAUUUUGGUUUCAAGCGUGGAAUAGAAUCCUCGACUGUGUUAUAAAAAUUUUGGAGGUUUGCUUUGUU